AUGCCUCUAGAUGCAUUGCUUACAUGCCAGAAUGGGUAUGCUCUCUCACUUACAUGCGCCGAACCGCUGCCGGUCGAUGACGAGUGCACGUGUACGUGUCGUGAUGGAGCAGUGUACAACCAAACUCGUCCCGAUCUCUUGGGCUUAGUCCCUACGACUCCCGGUACGGCAAGUGGAAGUCAGAUCGUUGGUACACCGUGUACUGAGGAAAUUAUCCAACCCUGGACAAAACUUGUGUUGCCUCACAAGAAAUACACGUUGGAGCCUACAGAAAUUGUCUCCGGCCUUGUCGACAUUGCUGAAGAUAGUGUUUUCUUGGUAGCCGAUUCCCAGCAGAGAUGUCAGCACUUUGAGGUGUAUAUCGACGACCAACUUGCAGGAGAGACAUUUGGAGAUGGCCCGCUUGAUAACAGCUGGUGCGGGGAAGUUGGAGAGGAAUGUAUGGAGAAACAUGGUGGAAGCCAUGGCUAUUUCAAGCUUUCUAAAGGACAACACAAGAUUGGUCUUCGAUGGGUAAAGGUCACAGAUGCUUGCAAGCAUUGGCCUGAAGGAGUUGGAGCCUUCCAAAUCUACAAGCCUUGUUAG